AUGUCCUUCAAUCGUUGUCUCGUAAUCACUACUGACAAUGCAGGCCAACAAUCCAACCUUCAAGCCGUCGCCACUAUCUUUUGGCUCGCCCAGGGCAUCGCCCUUCCGCCGACCGUCCACCCCAAACUCCCCGCCCUCGGCGCGGCCAGCAACACCUGGGAGCUCCCUGGCAGAGGGUAUACUCCACUUCAGUCGCCAAGCAAGCUCAAUCAGUCGUACACUGUGGAAGAAGACGACUCCAUCUCUCCCAAGACCGGCCCCGUUCCCCAACCCAACUUUACCAGAGAGCUUCCCCCUUCCCCCACAAAAGGAGCGAAGUCGCCAGCCCAAUCGUCGCCGACUUUUAAAAGCAGGCUUAGUGGUUUUGUGGGUGCUACCACUGACGCGUCGGCAAAAUUACCGGCCAACCAAGUGAGAGAGAUUCGAGAGGCCUUCCAGGUCCUCGAUCGGGACAAUGACGGGAUGGUCAAUAAAGACGAUGUAGCCGAUGUGUUGAUGAACUUGGGUAAGCUUUCUUUGGUGGAGUCUCUUGAAGAUAGCGAGGGUAUUAAUUCAAAUUUACAUCCAGGCCAAGAUUCGUCUCAGUCGACGGUGUCACGAUUCUUCUCUGGCGGUGCUCAGACGAUCAAUUUCCCGACCUUCCUAAAUACCCUGUCGCAGCUGAUGUCCCCCAUGUCAUCGUCCCAGGAAUUGCUCAAUGCGCUUGCCGCCUUCGAUGACGAUGACAACGGCCAAAUCGAAGUGGCCGAACUGCGAGACGCUCUCCUACAUACAGCCCCUGAGGAAGGAGAAACGCCCUUGACAGAGCAGCAGAUUGACGAGGUUUUCAGUGGGUUCACCGGGCGACGGGCAUUUGGAGGCCGGGGUGCGAAGACUGGUGGUAUGGGCAAGAGGGGCGAGGUCUUCCAGUACCACGACUUUGUCCGCAGCGUCGUGGGAGGAGAAAACGGGAACAAUGGACAACGGGAUGCUGGUGCAGCUCAGGCUUGA